CACAAUAUAAUCUCAAAAUGUGUCUUUAGUUUCUUAAAUUUACUCAGUUCCGCUUCGGUUGCCAUUACUGCAUUCGCAUUGCCCGCGUUAAGCUGAUCUGGUUACUAGUAUUUCGUUGAGUGUUUACGGAAGCGAGGGCAAUGGCUUUUAGAAUACACGAAGAUCAAGAAAAUGCCUCUUUGGGGCUUAGAAAAGACAGUGCAGAUGUAUUUACUGCAAACCAGCGGCGUGCCCUUGGUGACCUCAGCCAGUUCGCGUGCAACCAAAGUCGGAACAUAAAGCUCCCGGGAUUGACGAAUGGACCUUGUAAAGUUCAAGAUGAUAACAGGACAAUGCGCCAGAUUAAAAAUGAAAAGAACAUUGUACCACCUGUGGCGCAAUUUCGCGCCUUCAGUGUUUACGAAGACAAACCGACGGAGGCUGAGGUCAAAAAGCGGGAGCACACGUUCAAACCAUUCGUCGCUAAAGAAACUAAGAAAGAUAGCAUUUUCAUCAGCAGUGACGUGAAAGGUCUCUGCCCACAAGUUGAGAAAAAACCAGAUCGGCUCACAGAAUCGUCAGUUCGGCCCCAGUUACAAGAAAAGAAAAAUGUUGUGGAAUCUCCAAUGUCAGUUGUGGACACCAGUGUGCUCUCUAUGUCCAUAUCGAAGAAUGAAAGCCAGAUCAUUGAUGAUGAAGACGAUGCUACCACAGCUCAGACCGAUCGGGAGAUGUUCUUCCAUGUUGUUGAAUAUAGACAGGACAUCUAUGAAUACAUGAAGGAAAUUGAGGCUAAGAACAGAGCCAACCCUCGCUACAUGCGCAAACAGCCUGAUAUCACUCACAUCAUGCGGUCAAUCCUCAUUGACUGGCUCGUUGAAGUAUGUGAUGAGUACAACCAGCAAAGUGAGACUUUGCAUCUUGCUGUGUCUUAUGUAGACCGCUUCUUGUCUUACAUGAGUGUUGUGCGUACUAAACUGCAACUUGUGGGCACAGCUGCAACUUACAUUGCUGCGAAAUAUGAGGAAGUAUAUCCCCCAGAAGUAUCAGAGUUUGUGUACAUCACUGACGACACAUACACAAAGCGCGAGGUCCUGCGUAUGGAACAUCUUAUCCUGAAGGUCCUGUCGUUCGACCUCUCGACACCGACGUCACUGGCCUUCCUCUCCCACUACUGUAUAUCUAAUGGACUUUCUAAGAAGACAUUCCAUCUGGCUGCUUAUCUGGCUGAGCUCUGCCUACUGGAGGCAGACCCAUACCUGCAGUUCAAGCCAUCGAUCAUCGCGGCGAGUGCUCUCGCGACUGCCCGUCACUGCCUCCACUGCGACCGCUGCACCGGGGAAGAACGUGAAAAGGACACGCGUGACAUCAAAGAGGCCCGGAUACAUUCGUCAUGUGCCGCGGCCGCGUGGCCUGCAGCCCUUGUGACCUGCUCAGGCUACUCUCUAGAUGAUCUCGACGCGUGUCUACGUGAAUUGGCACGCACACACUCGCACGCCUCGCAACAACCCUACCAAGCUGUGCCAGACAAAUACAAGAGCAACAAAUUUGACGGCGUGUCUACAAUCGAACCUCGUCCGAUGUUCCCGGUGUCGAAGUACCAGCCGCCAGCGCCGGCGAGCAACGCGCGCCCGCCUGCCGACAGCACACGAAGCAGCUAGUAACAUCACUCGCAAACUAACGCGCUACUUUAUAGGCAAAUGACUUUUGUGUGGGUAGGAUGAGUUAUCCGAAUUAGUGUUAAUGCAGCACACGCUAGUUACGUUAUUUGCUCAGGCAGUUGGCUAUUUCAGUUAUAAUUCUAUUUUUACAACUUAAUGCAGUCGCUCGUAAACAGUACAAACAAACCAAAUCAUGGCCAGUAAGGAAUAAUGAGUUUGUCGUUAUAUUUUUUUGGCCAAAGAUGUA